GAGCCACAUUUUGUAUUACUUCAUUCCGGUAAAUUAGUUAAAAGAAUUGACGAAAAUAAACAGAAAUCUCGGUCUCCAACUUCGGUCAAAAAUUAAUUUGAGUAGAACUAUUGAGUUGAACAUUACAAUACGGACCUAUUUUUUUUACUAACAAAAUGUCUGGUGCUAAUGUUGCACCUAUUACUGCUACUGACAGCUUAUCGCAAGCUUUGAAAGCCAAUAUAAUUCCCAAUCAAGAAUAUUUACUCCAAGGAUCGGUGUUAGAUUCUGCUGUAGAAGUUUUAUUACAUAGGCUACGUGGCCUUUGUGAUAAUGUUGAUGCUGGUCCUGAGACUUUCAAUGAUCAAGAAGUGUGUUUUAGUUUACGUGACCCAAAUCAACAGGCGGCACCAUUGAUGUUGCGUGUACGCAAAGCUUUGGAUGCACGUGACAUGCCAUAUCAACUACGAUACAUAGGACAGCCUGACCUUGGAGACAAGAACAGACCUACUGUGGUGAGGUCCAGUCUAGACAUUGCAUGCAGUGGAAUGUUACUGGAUUUUCUCAGUGAGCUGGGCUGUCGAAUUGAAUUUGAAUAUAGUGUGAAAGGUUAUAUGUUUAGAAAAGGACGAAUGAAGAUCACAGUUGCAAAGGUUUUUAAAAUAUCACAGAGUUCUAUGACACCCGAGCCUAUUUCUCAGAGCUACCUAGUAGAAUUGUCUGUGUUGGCACCACAAGGGCAAGAUGCAAUCGCAGAGGAUAUGCGCGCCUUCGCCGACCAACUGAGACCAUUGGUGCAACUUGACAAGAUUGAUUACAAGCGGUUAGGCCACAUGGCAGUCACAUAGCCCAUGUUUCUACCUUAGGCUGCCUUUCCAUGAAUCUAUUGUGAAACACCAAGAGGUUUGUAAAAAGACAGUCUUAGUUACCGCAUGGAUAAAUCACUUAUUGAAAUUUAUUAGGUAAAACUAAGUUAUGUUUUUUGAAUAAUUACAAUAGUUAAGAUAAUAUGACUUAAGUUAGUAUAAUAUAUAAAUGAAAAACAAACAAUAUCCAACAUUUGUCAAGCAGCCAGAGGAUUACUUCCUUUUUAGUUUAAUGAAGAAUAGAAAAGACAAUGAAAUAUCAGAUGGUUUUGUAGCUAUAAUCCUAACAUUUUUUUUAUUUUGUACAAAUGUAAAUAUAUUUACAUAAAAAUUAAUCAACCACCAUAUAGAAG